AGGUGCGGGGUGACGUGAAGAGUUUGGGGCAGAUGCAGUUUCUGAAGAGGUUGCUGGCGACUGACACGGAUGUUAGCGGAGACUUGAAGGGCCUGAAGAAGCUUCGGAACCUCGAGGUGAUCUACAUGAAGCACACCAAGCUCUCAGGCGAUAUCAGGGCCCUGGGCGAGAUGACGAAUCUGCGACAACUCUGGCUUGCGGGCACCAAUGUUUCUGGUGACCUGGGCGAGCUGGUCAAGCUGGAGAAGCUGACGGAGGCCGACCUGUCAAAGACUCUUGUGACUGGGCGGCUCACCACUUCCUGGCGGGGCUGCUGCAAGCGACUGCGCACGCUGAAGCUCAGUGAAAGCAAAGUGCGGCUUCUGCCGCAGGAUGCGGAUCUCAAAGAUCUCAGGUUCUUGUACAACGCGAAACGUCCGAAUCAGACCCUCCUGCCGUCCUUGAUGGCUUUGGAAGUGUCCGGGUGUCCGUUGGGCGGACGCCUGGAAGACCUGCUGGAGCCUCUGGCGGCAUCUCCGCAUCUGACGAAGAUCAAGGCGGAGAGGUGCAAUCUGACAGGUACGGUGGUGCACUUGAAAUAUAUGGAGGCCGUCAGCUUGAACGAUGUGGUGUGGAGCAGAUGGCAAACCGACCUGUCCAAAUCUCUUCAGAUCCUCGACGUGGCCUACAAUAACAUCACAGAAGUACAGGGGCUGCCCGCACAGGUCUUUAACAACCUGGCGAACAAUGGGCUGAUACGCCUGGCGCCUGGACUGCUGACCACAGGACAGGUGGUGAAUUUGCUGGGCACCUCUCUGGCCGACCACUCGGAGGUUCGGAAGCUCCUGGCCAAAGGCCAAUUGAAGCGCACCGCGGAGAUCCGGCAGACGGACGAGCAGCGGGGCUUCGCGUGCUACGGCAUCGACAGCAGCGUCCUGCAGGUCUCCCCGGAGCUCUUCCUGCCCGAGCGCCUCUGCGGCUGCCUGGCGGGCUGGGCCGGCGCCGGAGUCAGCUGCCAGGCAUGCCCGACCGGUACCUUCAAUGCGCACUUCAACAGCAGUGUUUGCACAGCCUGUCCGGAGAACAGCACUUCCACGUCUGGCGCCAGCUCGGUGGACAUGUGCAUCUGCGACUUCGGCAAGGUCUAUUCCUUGGGCUCGGCAUCGAGUGAAUCGAGCUACGCCUGUGGCUGCCCCAAGGGCCAGGCGCUGUACGAAGGCGCCUGCGUGACCUGCACCCAGCUGCACUUGAACUGCUCUGUGCCGGGGUCCCUGGCGACCAGUGCGCCCCCGCUGCGCGGCUGGGCGCGCAUCGAGGACGAGGACUCCCUGGUGCACACCGCCAGGUGCAUCGAGCCCGCGGAAUCACGGUGCAGCCUGGGCCAGUGUACGCCAGGCUACGCCGGGCCGCUGUGCGUCGUCUGCGCGCCGCACUUCCGCUCUGCGGGGAGCCUCUGCGCGCCCUGCGCCGCCGAAACCGCGGCGCUGCGCCCCGCGGCGCUGGCGGCGGCGGGGCUGCUGGCGCUGGGGGCGGCCGCGGGGGUGGCGUGGCGCAGGCGCCAAGCUUCCGGGCCGGCCACCGAGCCGCCCAGCCCCUCGGCCCGGGACGCAGCGCUGGCGCUGCUGGCGGUGCAGGCGCCCUUGCUGCUGCAGCUGGGCCAGCUGUGGGUGGUGGUCGCCUCGCUGGCAGCCACGCCUAGCCUGGAGACCAAGGAGGAGGAGGCGACGGAGCGCAGCUUCGCGGUGGACUUCUUCGAGCAGCCCUACGUCCAGUGGCUGCAGCUCUCGGCCCAGGGGCUGCAGGACGCUUUGAGUUUGGAGUGCUCCUACGGCGCGAGCGCGCGGAGCGCCGCCGCGGUGGCGGCGCCUUUGGCGCCGCUGGCGCUGCUGGCGCUCUGCGGGGCCGUCGAGGUCGUGGCCCGCAGCUCCGGCAUCGGCCUGGCGCUGAAGGUGCUGACGCUCUUCUUCGUGGGGGGCGCCGCGGGCUGCGGGAAGCUGCUCAGCUGCCAGGACCUGGACGGAGGAGGGGAGCCUCUGGGCGCGCAGGCGGCCUUUCGCGUGGCCAUGCCCUUCCUGCUUUGUUCGGAGCCCAGCUGGGUGGACGUAGUGGGCGGGCUAUGCGCAGUCGCCUACGGCGUGCUUAUUCCGGCCUUCUUGCUGGCACUUAUGGUCAAGCAGCACGUCACCCUUCAGUCAAGCAGGAGGAUCGCGGCCUCGGCGAUCGAGCAAGGCGACAAACUGCUGAUCCGCUUGCACGAGUUCCGUAGCUCUGACCAGUACGCAGAGAAGGACAGAAUGUUCGAGAAAAACCUCCUGGCAGCUGCCAUAUCUCAUGCCGCGGUUUUGUUCCGUGGGACCGUGCGCAUGCAGAUGCAGAAUGGCGCAAUAACCUUGGCGGCGGAGGACACCAGAACCAAGCUCGACGCGAAAGGCAAGUUGAGCGACAUGCUGGAGAUCAAGAACAGCGCGGAUGCGCAGAGGUGCAAUGCCAUCACCAGGAUGUUGAUGGAGCGCUGCAUCUUGGAAGAAGCGGAACCUUCAGAUCGCGUCUUGGCAGGCGCCCAUGGGCUGCUCUGCAAGUAC